AUGCCGGGCCCGCUCGAGGAGCUCAAGGCCAAGGUGGACGAGGCGCUCGCGAAGAACUUCCGCGUGACACACCGCUGCAGGAAGGACGGGACGCACACGAUGCGUGCCAGGGCGGUCGGCGACGCCGCGCAGCUCCCUAGCCGCGUCGUCAACCUGCGUCAGCUCGGGUUCGCCGCGGUGAUCCCGGGCGACACGGUCGUGGAGGCGGUGACCACGCAGGGCAUCAACUCGUUCCUCCAGCUGUACAACGGCGCGCUCAUCAUGCGCCUCGUCCUCACCUGGUUCCCGAACCCUCCCGCGGCGCUCAUCUCGCCCCUCGCCACCGUCUGCGACCCCUACCUCAACCUCUUCCGGGGCCUGAUCCCGCCGCUCGGGGGCUCGAUCGACCUGUCGCCGAUCCUGGCGUUCAUCGUCCUCGAUGUCUUCACCUCCUCGGCCGCGGCCCUCCCCGCCGAGAUGCCUAAGGGCGGCGCCGAGGCCCAGGAGGCAAAGCCGCGCCGGGGACCGCUCCGCAGGCUGUUCGGCCGCCGCGCCGCCGAGGAGCAGCAGUAG